GGCGGGGCUUGUGGGCGGGGCGUGGCCAUGGCGCAGGGUCCCGCGCACGGCCCCGGGCGCUGCUGCUGCUGCGGGGCGGGGGGCGUUGGGGCGGGGGGCGCGGGCUGGGGGCUGCACCUGCGGAUCGACCGGCAGCGCCUGCACUGCCUCAACGAGCGGCGCGACGGCAGCGGGGCCCUCGUCUUCCGCGCAUGGGAGGAGCGCGGAGACCGCGACAAGUUCGUGGAGAGCGAUGAGGACGCGGAGCUGCUCUUCAACGUGCCGUUCACCGGCAGCGUCAAGCUGAAGGGCGUCAUCGUCAUGGGUGAGGACGACGGCUCGCACCCGGCGGAGAUGCGGCUGUUCAAGAACAUUCCUCACAUGUCCUUCGAUGAUGCAGGCAGGGAACCGGACCAGAUGUUCAGCCUGAACCGGGACCCCACGGGCGAGCUGGAGUACCCCACCAAAGUUGCCCGGUUCUCCAGCGUGAGCCACCUCUCCAUCCACUUCCCGAAGAACUUCGGGGCAGAGACAACAAAAAUAUUUUAUAUAGGCCUCAAGGGAGAGUGGACAGAGGCAGCCCGGCAGGAGGUGACGAUCUGCAGCUACGAGGCGGCGCCCAACCCGGCCGACCACCGGCUGCAGCAGGUCACCCCCCAGGCGCACCUCAUCUCCUAGCGGCCGGGGUGGGGGGGGUGCCCGGUACCGGUACCGGCCCCGGUGCCGCCCCCCCCCCUCGCUGCCAAUAAAGGAACCGGGCUCGGA